CUCUAAUAAACUUCAACAACGAGUUCAGCAUGGCGAUUAUUUAUCGGUGAUAGUGUGUGACCAGAUUUGUUUCGUGUGAAAGAUGCUGUGGUGGUUGUAUUGAACGUUCGGACCCACUCCGAGACUCGUUGCUUGGGAUCGCUUAGCUUGGUGUGUGAAAGAUGGCGUGAACUGAAGUGCACAGUGGGAAGAUGCUUGGAAGAUGCGUCUUGACGUUCUACAGGAAAAAUCAUAGCAUUGAUCUAUUUUUCAUGACUUUUUGGACGUAGAAUGGCAGCUCUGUUUAGUCGUAGUGUCCUGAAGGUUUCAGUUGCUCAGAUAUGUCAAAACAUUGGCUGGCACGCCGUGCAUCAGUCAACGUUGGAGUUGCUUGCUGACAUACUUCAUCGUUAUGUACUUGAAAUCGCCAGGACAGCGCAAGCCUAUUCAAAUCAAGAUGGGCGAACCGAGCCCAACUUGGAUGAUCUCUCGCUAGCAUUCAAUGAUCUGGGCAUCCUGCUGAGCGAGCUUGAAGAGUACAUCAACAACGUUGAACCCGUGGCUUUUUCCAAGCGGGUCCCUCACUUCCCUGUUGCUCGGCCCACAAACCUGCCGCACCCCAAACCUGGCAGCCGGGAGCUCCUGCAGAGGCCCGAGUGGGUGCACGAGUUCCUGCCCCCUAUGCACCCUGAGCUGGAAGAGGAGGAAAGUAUGCUCCUGUCUCCUGGGUCAGGCAUUGAUGGCAUGAAAAGAGAUAUGGCUUCCAACAGUGCUGGUGAGGAAAUAUCUUCUCCUCAGGGAAGUCCACAGCCCACCAAGCGAAAUGCUGAUGGCACGGAGACUCCCAACCCCAAACGCUUCAGGCUCUGCACGGAGGAAGAAGGCCAGCCCAUGCGAGAGGUGACGAGUGUGUUCAUGACACCUUCGGGCUUCAUCUCGCCCGCUCGAGAGGGCAAGCUACCAGAGCCAAGCGCUCCAUCGUCAUUCAUCAAAACCCUGCCGGCUGGCAUGGCCUUUGACUCUGAUUCCUCGGACAGUAUAGAUGUACCACAUAAGGAAGUGAAGCUGAAGGAGCCCAAGAAAACUAUAAAAGUGAAGAAAGAGGGCAAGGAUGGCAAGAAGGCCAAGACGAGCAAAAAGGACAACAAGGAGAACACACAUCUGAAGAAGGCUGCUCCGCUUUACGUCCCUUUCAUGAGCAAAAAGAGUUCAAGCAGCAACCCCAUGCUCAAGAUUAAAAAGAAGCUUGCCAAGGGCCUCAAGCUGUCCAAGGAACUCAAGCUGUCCAAGGAACUCAAGCUGUCCAAGGAGCUCAAGCUCUCCAAGGAUGGCAGCAGCAAGAUGGCCAAGAUCAAGUCCAAGAACAAGGAGGGAAAGGUGAAGGAAGGAAAGAUCAAAGAGGGUAAGAUCAAGGAAGGAAAGAGCAAAGAAGGAAAGAGUAAAGAGGGCAAGAGCAAGGACAGUUCCAAGUCAAAGUCAAAGAGCAAGAACAAGCUGGGGAAUCCAGGAGGUACAGGAGGCUUGAUGGCUGUGGCUGGGCUGACGCCAAAGCCUGCCAAGAUUAAGUCACUCAACAAGUCCAAGAGUCCAACAGCUUCAAAAGCAGAAAAGAAAGAGAAGAAGAAGCAGGCAGCAGCAGCCGCAGCGGCUGAACCUCCGAUUCCUUUCUUAUUUGCACCAAUGCCUACACCACCUCCCCCCGCACCUGUUGUAGCACCGCCUCCUGCUCCACCUCCUCCCGUCCCUCCACCACUUGCACCAUCCCCACCACCGGUUCUGUCUCCUCCUCACUUGCCUCUCUCAUUGACGUCCAUGAUUCCUCCCUCUAUGCUGUCGACCAUGACACCACUGCAAGUGAUGGCGUGCAAGGCAGAGGAGGAACGCAGCAAGCUGAACGCAGCUGCCGCUGCAGCUGCUGCUGCUGCGCAGGAAAGUGCAGUGAUUGCAGAUGACCCAUAUGAGGACGAGCCACUUUCUCGCGAGGAGUCCCCAGAGCCGAGACUUGUGAUUGAUGACUCACCUGAGACACUUAGCAAGCAGGAGAAGGAGAGCCGGCUGGCCGACAUAGAGCAAUGCAUUGACGCUGUGAUUCAGAAGGCACGUGAGGAAUCUCGACUUGAAGAGAAGAGGGAGACCUUGGAGGCAGCCAUGUCUGGUAUGCUGAACCGCAAGCUGGAGCCGAGGGAUGUCUACGACUUCACGGACUCGGACUCGUCACCUCCCCCGACGCCCAAGACGCCGGACUUGGUGGGCUCGCCAGCUCCAAAGAAAGAGGUCAAGGAACCUUCACCAGAGCAUAUUCCGGGCCCGCCUGUCAACACUGAACAAAAGAAGUCCAAAGAAAAGACUAAGGGCAAGAAGAAGUCAGGCAAGAACAAAUCAACUUCGGGAACACCAUCCCCAAAGAAGGGGCUUCCAAAGACACCGGAAAUGAAAGCAUCUCCUCUCAUUGCCCUGUCGCAGCGGUCGGAGACAUCCCCAGAACCGGCACCCAGCUUUUCGGGUGUGUUUCCCUUCUCCCAACAACAGCAGCAGCUGCAGCAGCCCCAGCAACAACCUCCUGGUCCCCUGUUCUCGCCGAAGUUUCCUGCCUUUGGGUCACCGCCGACUCAGGGUUUCCUGCCGGCAUUUCCAUUCUCCUCGCAGCUUCGGGCAGGCACAUCUUCCCACUUCCCAACACCCCCGCUGUUUGUGCCACCACCUUCCUCUCGCGAUGACAUGUCGCCAGCAUCCUCACCUACGGCACCUCCCCCUGGAGGAGGCCUUAUGGGUCCUGUGGUGCUUGGUGGGAGCCCCUUCGCUGUCAAGACUUUGGCUGAAAAGAAAGCCAUACCCCCUAUUGUGCCGUCCACGAGCCGUAUGGAUGAAGACAAGCCAUCCUUCUCUAAAUCUGAAAAAGAUGGUGAAAAGUUUUCAAUGGACAAAUACUGGAAGAGCAAAGCCAAAGAGAAGAAGGAGAAGAAGGUCGACAAGAAGGAGCAUGUGAAGAAGAAGCCAAAGGAGAAGCUGAAGGAGAAGCCGCCCAAGGAGAAGAAAGAAGGAAAAGCCAAGCUGAAGGCCCCCGAGAAGACCAAGGCAGAUAAAAAGACGAAAACGAAAGUUGGCAAGGAGAAAGAGAAGAAGAAGGGAAAAGAGGAGAAGAAGAAGGACGAUAGCAUUCCCAAGAUCACUGUGAAGCUUGGAAGUACUCCCAAGCCCAGUGCAACAAAAAUCCUCUUCAAAGCGCUGGCCCAAGGCGGUGGGGGCAACUCUCCCCCGGACCCAUUUGCAGCGUCGCCACCAUCCUCUCCAGUGCGAGCCCGCAGCCCAUCACCGCCAGUGCUGACUCCUGUGGCUGCGCCUCCGCCACCCCAGCCGCAGGCAAGUGGCCGGGGCAGCAAGGCAUCGUCCAAGGCCUCCAAGGGUGCGGCUGCCGCACCCCCUGCCUCCCAGCAACCACAGCUGGCCGAGGCCGCCUCUCCUCUCCCCACGGCCAGGAUGGUCAUCACCGAGACCGUUGGCACCAUUGUGGAUGAACGAGGAAACAAAAUCUGGAUAUGUCCCGCGUGCGCCAAACCAGACGAUGGCAGUCCCAUGAUCGGCUGUGACGAGUGUGAUGACUGGUAUCACUGGGUGUGCGUGGGAAUCGUGGUGCCCCCGAAGGAAGAGGAGAGCUGGUAUUGCAACCGUUGCAUUGCCAAGAGGCAGGGGGCCCUGGCCAAGAAGAAGAAAAAGAAGCACCGCAAGGACAAGUGAAGUUGCGGCGCCUCUUUUCCCUGGGAACAGUGGCGCGUUGCACCCCCCAGGUUUUGGAGAAGCACGUCCCCCCCUCCAUCCAAUUCUCAUCGUCGUCUCUCCCGACCACCCAAUGCACAUUCUUCAUCCCAUUCGUUCAUUUCGUUCUUGGAACGCGCGCCAUGAUCACAAGGCGACCUUGUGGCUGCACGGUGAAACGUGUUGACUGCACCAACCGCUGCCACGCGCGAUGUGCUCCCUCCUUGCUCAUGUACUUCGUUUUUUUUCUUUAUUCUUUUAAUUAAAGAAGCCGCUCUUUCCCUUUUCUUUUUCUUUCUUUCUUUCUUUCCUUUUUUUUUGUAUGAACAGCCCUCAGUGACUUAGUGCUGUGUUUCGUUCACCUUAUUUGGACGGAAGAGAGACAGUUGUUGCCCUGACUUCGGCGAGUUCCCUUGUGCAAGAAAAAAAGGUGGUGCCACACAGUGAAUCCUGUACCUCGCAGAAAUAGUAUGUAGAACAUAUAUACCCUGGGGGUAAGUGUCUCGUCAUUAUGCCAUUCAUCGUCACUCUUCCACCGUUCCCAUGUACCUAGUUUUAGUUGGCGCAUUAGCCUUACUGAUGUUUGUUAUCGAUUGUUACGUGCGCUGUUGGAGGCGUACUGUUUGGUUAAAAAAUUUUUGCUGACUUGCUCUUUACAAGCGGCCACUGGUCUCCUGCAUCGUGAGGCUUAUUCUUCCUUUGUGUACCAUUCCUUGUGUUGUGUGUGUUUCAUUGUGUAAUCUUGCCAGGUCCACUAAUAAUAGCACAAGGCUGGGAGAUUCAUCUAAGUUACCUUGACUUGGGAUUUAUAACUAGGUGCUGGGCAUGCUGUUUUAUCAUCAUUGUUUUAGUUGUGGUAUUUUGUUCAGACAUUGUUAAUUUCAUUCAUGCUUCCCAUGUCCCAGUGAUCCAUUGUGUUUAGUUCCAUUGAUGUAUUCAAUCCAUUGUUUAGGAGCCCUUGGUUUAGCAAGGUUAGCCUAGCUCUUUUUUUUUCUUUGCUGUAAGACAGUUUAUAAGGUAGGAUUUGCUGCUUUAUGUGCGCACGCAUUAGUGCUUGCGUGUAGCCUGUGUCGCAGAAUUGUGCAGUCCUAACCUCAUUGUCAGACAUAACUCUAGUAGCUGGUUUCAGAGUGCAGCAGCUGUAAAUAUAGCAUGCGCAUCUAUUUAUUUGAACUACGCACCUUAUUUUACUGGUGUUGGAAACUUAUAUGGGAGGCAUUUUGCUCCUGGCGUCGUUGUUGUGUUCAUGAUUAUAACACUGCAGUUUUAGUGCUGUGAAAAAAAGCAAAAAAACACGAGGUUGAUGUUUCGACGGCAAUUGGCUGGCUCACUUGAAACGUCCAAUGUCCAAAGAUUCGUAGACAUGGUUAGUACCAGUGCAUUGCUGGUGGUGUCAUGUCAUGGUGGCUCACAUGUCGCUACUCAUGUGUUUGUUCUUGAUGGUGUGUUUUUAGCACCCAAACAACUUUGAGGUUCAGUUGGGGAAGGUUUCGCUAGUGGUUGCUGGUUCAUCCUGUUUAUUUUUGUUUCUACAUGCGCAUAUCACUUUGUAGCUUAUGGUAUAAACUGAUGCAGACUUGCUAUAGUUCAGACUCAGACAAUUCCAAAUUCCUGUUGAUUCAAGUGAAUUGCACAGUUGUGGUUGGCCUGCCAUGUUUUUAGUGCAUUUUGAAGCCCUAAUUGUUUUAAAACAACAUGGGACAAGGAUUUUCGUUAAAAAAUGCAUUUUUGCCUUGCCAGGCGGAGGAAUGUGUCCAGGUAUAGUCGACGUGAAGAUGCUAGGUUUAAACAGUUUGAUAUGCAGGCUGCUGUAGUGCUAGUAUGAAAUAGUGCUACCCAACCUGGCCACUUUAGAUUUGACUGGCUAGUGCCUAUGUGGUUUCGUAUUCUUAUUCUCAUAGGAGAUGCUUUAAAGUACAAUUGGUUGUAUUUAUAUAUUGGUGUAAUUACGUCUUGGACUCCAUGUUUUAUUCAACAUUGGUUUAUUCAAACAAACUGUGUAGUACCUAUGAGUUUGAAUUUAUGCGGGUUGACUGUACUGCCCAGCAAAUAGUGCUGAGAAAUUUAGUCUGUAGUUGGGCGGUUACCAUGUUGUAAAUGAAUAGUAGUCACCAUUUUGCAAUAUUGCAUGAGUAGCUUCUCUAUACAACCGAAACUUGAUAUUACGAAUUAUUGGAUAUAAUGAAGCAAAUAUGAAAUGUUUCUUGCCGCUGUCAAUAUAUAACAAAUACCUGCUUAUAAGGAAUAUUAAAUAUAACGAAGGUAUUUUCAUGUUGGAUGCAGCUUCUUUAUCACUUGGGUCAACUGUACAUGUUGCUUGUGAAACUUGCCAAGGUUGAAGACUGGGCGUGUUUGUACAGCAUAUUAGAGGUUGGAUUGUGCAAGAUGUUGAUGAGACACACAGAAGAAAAACACGCGCUCUGUGGUGUGUGUUUCUCUUCUGUAUGUCCCAUAAAAAUUUUGUGCAAUUCAACCUCUAAUUUGCUUGUGAAAUUCUUUGUUUCUUUUUCAAGAACCUAGAUUUCUGGAAUGAAUUGCCUUCAGGCUGACUGUCAUUUUUGCUUGCCUUUUGUGCAGUGUCACGUCUGUUAAAGCUCUGAUAGCAUCAUCUUUAAACAUUUUCAAAUGAUGCUUUCCUUAUUUUGUUGCUUUUGUACAAUCCUCCUUGCAGACAAAACUUUCUUUUACUUCAUGUGUACAGCUGACGUGACAGUGUGAAAUGUGCAGGCUGGUGCUUUGGUUGCCUCAGUGUCACAGCCAAGAAAGCGGCACAGACUUCUCUCUUCGUACUGUCUCCAUCUCCCCCUACUCAUUCUCUGUCUUAGCAACACCGAGAAUUAAAUGAAGCCCCGGAUUUUAUUUACACCGCCGUCAUUGGUGGGCCCACCACUGUCUGCCAGCAUUGCUUGAGAAGAUGGGUUGUUGAGCAGCAUGUAGGUACCUGUCAGUUUUUCUGAUGGGUAGCAGUCUGUGUCGGUGUAUUGCUUUCUUUGUAGUAUCUGAUUUGUCACUAGGUAUAUUGUGCUCCGUCAUGUAGCAUUUGCUGGUCAAAGCUGGCAGGAACCAUUCGUGUCUGAUAGUUCUGAUUGUUCCUGCAUUCUGGGUUGCCUUGUCAUGACAUUGUUUGCCUCUGUAGUUGUGUUCUUUGAAGAGGUGGUUUCUAAGCAUCAGCUUUUUGUAAAUCUUGCAAGCUCGCUGACGUACUGCUGACGUACUCCUACUUCCUUGGCUCCUAGAAAAUGCAUGCAGUCAAGGUACAGGUGCAAUAAAGCUUUAUUAUGUUGGCAUAAAACGAAAGCAAUACAUAUAUUGGUGGAGAUGCUGCACUUUAUUUCUUUUAAGCACAGUCAGUGAGUAAUUAAUCUAUACCUAUAGCCAGCCUCGCAUUGGCUGCUGUACAUAUGACUUCUUCUCGAACUUAUGUUUGCAUAAGCCAAUACUUUUCUUCUUGCACUUGUGUCGUUGUGAAGACAAACACCAUGGCCAUUGCUUUAUGAAAAGUGCUAAUAGGGAUAACAGGGUUUGGAGGCACCUGUUUUGCACUCACGGAACCCGUAGGAUGGUACAAGCAGCACCCACUUUUGGAGCACUUACCUUAGAAGGUGGGGCCUAUUCGAUCAGUUUAGGCAUCAAAAGGUAUAAUUAUAAGCUGCUUUGGCAUUGUCUACUUUUUGAAAAUUAAUCUGGUACAAGCUGCACGUGUUGGUGAAAGAGGACAGAAGUCAGCAGGCGCAUAGGGUUGGCCAAGUGUUUUUAGAUGAUGCAACAAGACCACCUGAAUAGUGCUUCCCGGGCAUACAACUGGGAUAAAAAAGUAUAGUACUUUCUUUCUUGAAAAAUCGAAGAGAACAACUGUCUGUGCUGCCAAGUUUGGAGUGAGCAGUUCAGUGUUGCUCAUCUGUUUCGGCCAGAGAUCGCAUCUUGCAUGUUGUUGAGCAGCUGGAACAGUGAGGAUGGAUUAUGUACAGGCCACUAAUGCAAACACUGUCCUUUGUCUAGUUGUCUUUUGUGUUGCUCAGAUUGCAUGUUUUUAUGGUGCUUUCUCUGUCAUUUCUCUCAUGCAAUCCCUCUUGAUUGUAUGAAAACUGAUGCUCCAGUAUGAGAUUUCUCAUAAGUAGGAGGCACUGUUGUUACCAAGGGUCGGCAACUUAAGUUUGUCAUAAUUUUGCCCAUUUUUGUGCAGUCUGUAUUAAAGAUAAUCUUUUGUGGCAAGUAUUUUAGCAUACAGACGCUAAUUUUGUAACAUGGCUGUAAUUGCUGCUGCGAGCUGUUUGCAAGGAGGGACAGAACAUGCACAACCUUAUUACAGAUUUUUUUUGUUGCAUAUGUUGCUUUUAGCACUUCGGAAGAGACAUCAAUUGUCCAGUAGUGCUUGUAUUAAUCACGGUUAUAUGCGUAUGAAUUAAAGAUGCUAUUACAUCAAGGCACGAAGCAAAAUGUUUCUCACAUUCACGUGACUGAUAGGGAAAAUCCCUGUGCACUGAAGUGCAAAUUAUAAGCCACUCAGUACAAAAGCUCGAGUAGUAGCUGCUCUUAUAUCUCCUAAAUCCAUUGCAGCACAAAUUUCGGUCUCAUGGCACCUGGUACAUAGACUGCACUCGCUUUUAAACAUAGCUUUUGGUGCAGUAUAAUAUCCAGUUGUUGACUUGGCUGUUUUGUUUUGGUACAUUUGCAGUUUCAUAUGUUGCUUUUGUGGGAGCUUUGGUUGGCGUGAACCACCUGUGCUGUACAUAUUUCUUUACAUCUUGCUUUAAGUAACCAUACUAUUUAGAAGCAGUGGAGAUGCUCUGUUCAAGAUUAUUGCUACUGUUUUUACACUAACAUGAAAAGUUUCUUACUACGGCUAUAGUGGUGAGAAGUCCACAUUGAUUAUCAAAGUGCAUUUUUUUUUUGCAGACAAAAAACGCGGCAGUGAGAAAAAGAUUAAACUGUAGAGGUGUUAGAAAACUAAGCCUGAAUGUCAUAGCUUAAAGCAUUAAGUCAAGGUCUCUCUGUAGUGAUUAGUGACUUCAAAUGUAGAACUUCAUUUGGUAGACAUAUGAAAUAACUGUAGUGGUUGUUGAGUGUUUGCAUGUAUGUGUGCCAUCAAGAAAAGAUCCAGCGUUAGCCAUCAUUGGGUGCCUUCCUUUGCUUUUGUGUUUGUUGUUCUACGUGUCCACAAUUUCAUCUGUUAUAAUUUAUGCCUUGAUAGAACUGAUGUCAGUAUACACAUGCUCUGAACAUGUGUGAAUUAUAAUUUUCUGGCCCAUGGCUUUUCUCUUGGAUAGCAGUACAGUGUUUCACUUGCAUGUUUUCGUCACCUCUGCAACAUGCAAUCUCUCGUGAGCGGUUGUCUUGGUACCUAUGUCCUAAAAUUUGAAGAUCAUGUUUGAUCAGGGCUCUAGUUCUUUGAAUCUGAAAAAUCAGAACUGUUUGUUUCAAUGGUGUUUGUACUUUACUAGCGUCGAGUGUGCAGUGGAAUACCUUCCUUUCCCAAAUAGUGGACCUUACAAUAUGCUAAAUGCCUGUAAAACCGUACUGUAGCGAAUAUAGUCUGUCCUUUGUGUAGUAGCACCAGGUUUACAGGGGACUGUCUGACAUGCAUUAUUUCGUGGUGUGUGGCUUAAAACUCGGGUACUUGAUUUCUUUUUUUUUUUUUGCACUACCUAUAUGUUAAGCUUGCUCCAGUCUCUCAAGAAAGGAAUGUAUCAUUCAUGUAAAGAGAAAAAAAUAAUCAUAAUCCCAGAACACACCUGCCAUUUGUUCACUCUGCUGUACGAACGACAUUAAAUAUAUUUUAUUCAUUCUGUAA